GCUCUUUCUUUCUGUUUCGACCACCUCGACCACCAACUAUACCUCGCGAUAUCACACCAUGACUGACCGCAUCCGUGCCAGACUCGAGCAGCUCCGCGGCGAGGCCGACACCGCCAUUGCGCGCGCCGAGGAGGCUGAGGCCAAGAACAAGCAGCUCGAGCUCACGCUUCUCCAGCGCGACCAGGAGAUUACCUCGCUCCAGCACAAGCUGAGCGUGCUCGACGCGGAUCUCGAGAAAGCAGAGAGCAAGCUCAACGAGUUCAAAUCGGCGCAGGACGAGGGCGAGAGCAGUAAGCAGACCAACGAGGGCCUGCUGCGCAAGAUACAGCUCUUGGAGGAGGAGCUAGACAACGCGGAGAAGAACGCGCGGGAGACCGUCGAGAAGUUGCGGCAGGUGGAUGUCAAGGCGGAACACUUCGAGCGGCAAGUUCAGCGGCUCGAGCAGGAGCGCGACCAGAUGGAGAAGAAGUGGGAGGAAUCCGAAGCGAAGUACCGCCAGAGCAAGGCGGAGCUCGACGAGCUUGUACAGCAGAUGGAGGGCCUGUAAGCGCCCGCAUACCCAGUGCUCGCUAUGGACAGCGACCUAUGCGUCGCUCGAGCUCCUCUGGCCCAUCGAUACGACCCCGAUGUGUAUAUCUGACUCGGCGUUCGCGUCUCGUAAUACCUUUACUUAGUCUGCAAUCGUUUUAAAUGGUCAACCUUCAAGGAUUUAGUCUACAGGAUGGGACG